AUGCCCUCUAGUAACCCCAACCCAGAACGCCCUCCAGCGCCCGCCCACCUCCCUGCCGUCCUCUUAGAGACAAACCCAUUCUACAUCGACAUGAGCCAAGGUACGCACCGCAAGGCCCUCCCACCCUUCACCUCCACCCUCACCCGUGGAAAGAAACCCAGCCUCCGCCCUCGCUCCUCAGCGGAGAUCUUCGCAGAGCUGCAAGCCGAACAGAAUAACCGUCCCGCAGAGCACGCCGCCUCCCGCCCAUCAACACCAACGCCAUGCCGUCGUCCACGAACCCCCAAGACGCCUUCACCACGUAGCAGCAGCAGCAGCAGCAGCAGCCCUUCCCGGGACUUCAAAACUCCAGAAAGUAACCACAACACACCCCGCAAGCGCAUCAUCCUGCCCCAAACCCCCGCCUCCACCUCCUCGGGUUCCUCGCACCGCAGCAUCGACAUGGACGGCGACAUCCACAUGAAGAACACAACCCCAGAAACCCACCCCCACGCCGCCCUCCGCGCCCUCGUAACGCAAACAGUCACCGAGACCUUGUCCCUCGAACGCGCGCGUCUGGCGGACGAGAUCCGUCGACAGGUCCUCACUUCUCUAGAAGCGGGAAUCGGACCGCUUGUGAGGGAGAACUUUGAGGCUGCGUUGGCGGAGGCGUUGGAGGAGCCGUUUGAGGGAGGGGAGGGGGGGAGGAAGAGGGAGGUCGCUGUUGUUAGGGUUGUCAGGGAGCGGUUGAGGGGGUUGAGUUGUGAUGGGCUCGUCGAGGUUUUUUGUAAUGAGGAGGUUUUGGGGGUGCUUAGGAGGUUGGUUGGGGUUGUUGAGGCGGAGGUUUUGAUGCAGGGGUGGGAUGUUGUUGGGUAG